GGGGGCGUGUCAGCUGUCACGGGCCACGUGACCCGGAAUAUGUUGGGCUUUAAUUCCUGCGUUGGGCUGCUCUCAGCUGCUGAACCUCUGCGUUGCGCAGUGCGAACCCUCCGUCCGCCCCGUCACCAGCCCGCCGCCUCCGCCGCAGGUGGACUCUCCUCAGCGCACCAUGUCGGCAGACCAAGCUUUCGUGACACUUGCCACAAAUGACAGCUACGCCAAGGGAGCGAUGGUUCUCGGCCAGUCGUUACUAAACCACAAAACUACUAGGAAACUGGUCGUGCUCGUGGGACCUCAUGUCGCCGAACCUUGCAGAGACGCCCUUGGCUCCAUUUUCAAUGAGGUGCAAGUGGUGGACGUCAUGGACUCGGGGGAUGCGGCUCAUCUGUCUCUGAUGAAGCGUCCAGACCUGGGAGUAACAUUCACCAAGCUGCACUGCUGGAGUCUCACACAGUACAGCAAGUGUGUGUUCAUGGACGCCGACACACUGGUGCUGUCAAAUAUAGAUGAACUCUUUGAGCGAGAGGAGCUAUCUGCUGCGCCGGAUCCUGGUUGGCCAGACUGCUUCAACUCCGGCGUGUUCGUCUUCAGGCCGUCCAAUGAGACUCACCAGAAGCUGCUCGCGUUCUGCAGUGAGAACGGCAGCUUUGACGGUGGAGAUCAGGGGGUUCUCAACACUUUCUUUAGCACCUGGGCAACAGCAGAUAUAUCCAAACACCUCCCCUUCAUCUACAACCUCAGCAGUAUCGCCAUCUACUCCUACCUGCCAGCAUUCAAACAGUACGGCCGUGACGCCAAGGUGGUGCAUUUCCUCGGAAAGAUGAAGCCGUGGAACUACUCCUACGAAGCUCAGACGGGCGAGGUCAAGGGUCACUGCCUGUCCCCCGACCAGUGCCAUCUGCAUCCCGACUACUUGCUGAUGUGGUGGCGGCUGUACGCCGCGUCGGUGCAGCCUCUGCUGCAGCAGACGUACGGGGACGCUCCAUUCGACAGCGGCUUCGUAGACGCCAGCGCGGAGCAGGGUAAGCUCCACGAGGAUUCAGGGGAGAACCAGGUCCCCUUUGCUCCACCCCCCCAGAAGCUCUCAUCAGAGGAGAGAAAGCAGCGCUGGGAAGCGGGCCAGAUCGACUACAUGGGGGACGACUCCUUCGACAACAUCGAACGAAAGCUCGACUCGUUCCUAAAGUAGCAAGCUGGCGGGUCGGCGUGACGGACACCGAGACAACGCCGGUCAACGCGCUGUGUGGGCGGAGAUACUAAGCACUGCUCAGCCAAUCGCAGGGGCUUGACAAAGUCCUCUGUGCAGCGUUGAGCCUCACUCUCUGCAUUCUGGUGUGUGUGUGUGUGUGUGUGUGUGUGUGUGUGUGUGUGUGUGUGUGUGUGUGUGUGUGUGUGUGUGUGUGUGUGUGUGUGUGUGUGUGUGUGUGUGUGUGUGUGUGUGUGUGUGUGUGUGUGUGUGUGUGUGUGUGUGUGUGUGUGUGUGUGUGUGUGUGUGUGUGUGUGUGUGUGUGUGUGUGUGUGUGUGUGUGUGGAGGGGGGGUUUGACACAGUUCCCACGCACUCUUAACCUUCAAUUCUCCCCCUCAAAGGAUGUUUGAUAUUUAAGGAAAUACUCUUUAGCUCAGCAGCUAGUUUGCUUAGCAUUAAGAUCCAUUUGUGACCUCAACACUGUAUGUACGCAAAGCUAAAAUAAAGAGGCUUUAAAAAGUCCAAUCCUACAGAUGAAAAUGAUCUUUGCUGAAAGAUAAGAUCUGCCAUGGAAAAUUCUAUAUUUACAGACUGCUCUUCCUCUGGCUAAGUGUUUAAAGAUAACAAUGAGUGGAUGCUCUUCCCGUCCGCUGCACUUUGGCAGACUGAAGCAGUGCUUGUUAAGCAGGUUGCUUAAAUGAUGUAGUGUUGGUUCAAAGAUUGUUUUGACCCAGCAGACAUUUCAUAAAUACCUUCAGACUGUAAGCAUUUGUGUAAAUUCAACAAUUAUUUAAUGACAUGGUCCCUGUCCAUGAAUGCCAAGUGUAUUUCUCAAA